UCUCCCGCUUGUCUGUUUCAGAUGCCGUGACGUCGCCGGCGGCGGGUCAUGCGUCGGGUCAGGCGACGCCCAGCCAGGAUGACGCCAUGUGCGGAGACCAGCGCCUCAUCUCGCUGGAGAAGCAGCUCAACAUCGAGCUCAAGGUCAAGCAGGGCGCCGAGAACAUGAUCCAGAGCCUCACCUCGCGCAGCGGCCAUUCGCGGGACAAGAAGCUGCUCGCCGAGGCGCAGCAGAUGCUGCAGGACUCCAAGGCCAAGAUAGAGUUCCUGCGCAUGCGCAUGGACAAGAUGAGGAAGCACCACCCGCACCGCGCCGAUACCCCGAGCAACGGCGACCACCACCUCAAAUCGCUGGAGAGCCGGACGUACGAGCCCAACCUGGAGCUGCCUCUGGAGGAGCGCGUCGAGGAGCUGCGGCACCGGCUGCGCAUCGAGGCGGCCGUGGUGGAGGGCGCCAAGAACGUGAUCCGGCUGCUGCAGCAGAGCACCAAGGUCACCGACAAGCGUGCGCUGCAGGAGGCACAAGCGAGCUUGUCAGAAUCAAGUCGGAAGCUGGAUCUUCUGCGUAAGUCAUUAGAAAUGCGAAGAGCUGAGUUGCCUCCUGACUCCCCAGCAGCUGCUCAACUGAAGAGGGAACUGCAGAACGCCCAGGCUGCCAGUCCUGUACCUGUCACUUACACUAGUCUGCAGCCUUUCCGUGAUGGUAACAUGCUGGAUAAGCCACAACAACAAAAUAGCAUAGGAACCCGGUCACAGUCACUGAGCAGAGCAGCAUUUGUAACGGGAAAAUUAGAAGUUCGUUUGAUGGGCUGCCAAGACUUGUUAGAAGAGGUACCCGGUCGUUCUCGGAGGGAUAAGGACACUACUUCCAGUCCAAGUGGAGACCUUAGAUCAUUUGUAAAGGGUGUUACAGGAAGGAGCUCAAGUAAAUCAUACAGCAUAAAAGAUGAAACUAGCAAUGAGAUAAUGGCUGUGAUCAAGCUUGAUAAUCAAACUGUUGCCCAAACAAAUUGGCGGCCUUGCUCACAGCAAGCAUGGGAUCAAAGAUUCUCCAUUGAUCUUGACAAAUCAAGAGAACUAGAAGUUGGAAUAUAUUGGCGUGAUUGGCGCUCAUUAUGUGCCAUCAAAUUUCUACGCCUAGAAGAGUUUAUAGAUGACAUUAGACAUGGCAUGGCAUUACAACUAGAACCGCAGGGUCUUCUCUUUGCCGAGAUCAAGUUCCUCAACCCAAUGAUAUCACGAAAGCCAAAACUACGCCGGCAACGGAAGAUAUUCAAGCAGCAAGUGAAAAACUUCCCGAGAGCAACUCAAAUGAAUAUCAAUGUUGCAACUUGGGGGCGUCUAUUAAAACGCUCAUCUCCAUCUAUUCAAAACAACAACAGCCAUGGAAAUUCUCGUUCGGCCUCUGAAAGUCCACCAUCAGGUCGGUCUGUCCGACAACUGAAGCUGGGAGAAAAUGGAACUAGACAUUCAAAUGGUGUGGAACCCUUGGAUGCCACCAUUGUGGAAGAUAAAGCAGAGGCUCCUGGAGAAGCUCCUGAUCCACAAACAGCAGGCCUCUCGGGUGCACGGCCACUUGGGCUGGGUGUUGCAGUGCUGCCCCCGCUACCCCCAGAGAUGGUCCACAAGAAGCGGACGUCUCCGCUUCCCACCCCGCCGCCACCACCACCGAGGCUUGAUCCUGAGUUACAGAAUGCACUUCGGGAGUUUGACUUUCUGCACCAGGAGGGAUCUCCUGAUCAUCUGCAUCGGCACCACAGUGGACCUCUUAUUCGGCCUCUAUCGAUUCCUGGUCCUGAACAGCAGCAACAGCCUGCUCACUCAAGUCAUCAACGUUCUCCCUCACCCCAACCCGUCGUAGAAUUCCCCCAAGAUGAGGUUGUUUACGAUGAGCCGGAAAUUGUCAGGCGCCCUGCUGCCCGCGGUUUGGAAUACCGUGACAGUGCAUAUGAAUCACGUAGGCACUCUCAGUUUACAGGGAUGUCAUUGGAAAAUUUCAGGUUAUUGAGUGUACUUGGAAGAGGUCACUUCGGCAAAGUAAUACUGUCUCAGUAUCGCAACACGGGAGAAUACUUUGCUAUCAAGGCUUUAAAGAAAGGUGAUAUUAUUGCACGUGAUGAGGUUGAGUCACUUCUUUCAGAAAAAAGAAUUUUUGAAGUUGCCAAUCAGAUGCGCCAUCCGUUCCUUGUCAAUCUUUUUGCCUGUUUCCAAACUGAGGCACAUGUGUGUUUUGUCAUGGAAUAUGCAGCUGGAGGUGACUUAAUGAUGCACAUUCAUGCUGAUGUGUUUUCUGAGCCCCGUGCCAUUUUUUAUGCUGCUUGUGUUGUGUUAGGCUUGCAAUAUUUGCAUGAAAGUAAAAUCAUUUAUCGUGACUUGAAAUUGGAUAAUCUUCUACUGGACACUGAAGGCUAUGUGAAAAUAGCAGAUUUCGGCUUGUGCAAAGAAGGUAUGGGAUUUGGAGAUCGAACUGGGACUUUUUGUGGUACUCCUGAGUUUUUAGCCCCUGAAGUGCUGACAGAGACUUCAUAUACACGGGCUGUGGAUUGGUGGGGCCUUGGGGUUCUUAUCUUUGAGAUGUUGGUUGGAGAGUCACCGUUCCCUGGGGAUGAUGAAGAGGAAGUAUUUGAUUCAAUUGUUAAUGAUGAAGUUCGCUACCCACGUUUCCUUUCUCUUGAAUCUAUAGCAAUUAUGAGAAGGCUGCUGCGCAAGAAUCCAGAACGGCGCCUGGGUUCAAGUGAAAGAGAUGCUGAAGAUGUGAAAAAGCAAGCCUUUUUCAGACACAUAGCUUGGGAUGACUUAUUAUUACGUAGAGUGAAGCCACCAUUUGUUCCUACUGUUUCAUGUUCUGAAGAUGUGAGCAACUUUGAUGAAGAAUUUACAUCAGAAAAGCCUCAGUUAACUCCUCCUAAGGAGCCUAGACCUUUGACAGAUGAAGAGCAAGGUCUAUUCCGAGAUUUUACAUAUAUGGCUGAUUGGUGUUAACUCUGUAGCAGUAGGGUUAACCUUUAACUGGUUAAUUUCUCCAAAGCAAACCCUGUAAUUCAAAUGUUUUCCUGUUUUCUGUCUGAAUUUUAUUGUACAUUAUUUCAUUGAAAUUAAAACUUUUACUCACUUUAACAGUAUUAUAUAGAGAACUCUCUUGCAUUCUCUAAUUGGGUCUUCUGUUCAUUGGCAGGGUUUUUGUUGUUGUUUUAUUUUGCAAGUGUCUGAUGGUGGCAGACUUUCAUUUAAGUUUGGUUCCAUCAGACAGGAUCUCAGUAGUUUGCCUAUAAUAAGCAGGUAGCCACAUGCUACAUGUCUACCUUUAAAAUAGAGGGGUGAGCCAUAGAGUAGUCUCUGUGAUAGACUCAUUUGAGUCAGAGAAGUGCCUUGGAGGACAAUAUCACAAUUGAGAGCAGUACUAGAAUAUACACAUAGUGCUGCAUUUAAUGGGUAAAUUUCUUGUUGUGUCUCUUUAGUAGAAAUAAUAAACACCUUAUCAGUGCAUUAAACCUAGAAUUAAUGUUCUCAAACCACACUUGUAAAUAUCAAAAAUGUACCGUAAUUAAAAAAUUGUUAUUGCUCAGUUGUAAAUGGAGUUAAUUAAGAGUACUGACUAUCUGGUAGGCCUAACAUCUUUAAACUGAGCUGAAUAAGUAAUAGUGCUACUUAAUUUUGAAACAUAGAAUGCUGUUAAAGGACAGAUGUCCCAUUAUUUUACUGUACAAUUUUACAUAUUGCAAUCAUUAUGAAAUUUGUGCUCUUAAGCACAUGAACUACAUAAUUCAUAUCUAACACACCAUUCAGGGUGUGCUUUUUUACUAAUUCAGGUUGUUUUUGUACAUAUUACAAGUGGGCACUUAAUUGUAAGUCAUGAUUGUUGUUACUUUUAUCUUUAUGCAAUACGCUGAGCAGUAAAGCUCUAGCAAUUUUAUAAAUUUGUAUCAUUGUUUUAAAGUAAAUUUCCAUGUUAUUAGAUCAUAUUGCAAAUGGAUUCAUAUAUUAUACAUAUUUUUUAAGUGCAUUUUGAAAGGCUUGUAUGUUAGAGCAGUGCCUUGAAUAGACUGAUAUAUUUGCUGCUUUUAAUGGCCCAGUAAUUCUGUUUUCGUUUACUUAAAAUUGUACUACGCUAUAUAUAACUUGUUAUAACACAUAGGGUGUUUACUUUGAGUAAGACUUUAUCCAAGCUUUGCAUGAAAUAAGCAAUAUGUUAAUGGCCUGUGAUGUCAUUCUGGCCUCUUGGCUGAGUUACGCCUUUAAAAUUUGAAGAAAACUAUCUGUACCCCUGUAAAUAUCCAAGGAUAUUUGAUCUUGUAUGAGCCAUGAUGAUAUUAAAGUUUUCUUCACCUAGCAUUGUAGAAACCAUUACAAAUUUUUAUGACAGCUUGAUACAUCUGCAAAAGAAUUUACGGUAUACCAUAAUUUUCCUUAUUUUUGUAGUUCCUGAUCCUUAACUCCUUUGCUAUUUUUGUCUUCCAAAGGUUGUUUAGGUUCGCCAUUCAUUGAAAAUGGUUUUGGUACAUGCUUUUUUCUUUCACAUCAAUUCAAAUGCCAAGUAUUUUCCAUAUUUAAUUUUUUACUCAACUUUGGGACCCAUUUAUAGCUCAGUAUAUCAUUUUUGUGAAUUUGAAGAUAAAAUUAUUUUCAUCACAUGUAUCUGCUCAGUUUUGAGGAUGAUGUUUUGUGUGCGCCUGGAAAAAAAGUGGAUUGCUUGAACCAGGACUUUUAAUAAUGACUGUUUUAACACUUUGUAUUAUCUGAAGCAAGUGGUCUCCAAAAUAUUAUGUGAGUAUUUCAAAUCACACAUAUUGGAGUCAAUUACCAAGGUAACCAAUAUUUUUAUCAUUGGUCAUUCUUCCCCAACUUGUGAUAAAAGCCAUAUCUGUGUGCUAAUGUGUAGCAUGUUUGCGUUGUAUUAAAUAGUUUUGUGUUACCAAUGCUUGGACUAUUCAGUCACUUCAUGUACUGCCUUUAUAGGGAACACUAUGAUUAAUUUUGCAUUAUUAUUUAUGAUUCAAACUUUGUUCUUAAAUGAAAUCCUAUCCUAUUACUAAUGGUUGUGUUGUGAUUGUAGGAAGUACCCAAAUGUGUGAAACCUGAUAACAUAAUGUUACUGUUUGGCAAUUGCUCAUAUUCAAAUAUAUUGCAAUAGAAAGUUUCAUUAAAUCAUGUUAGGUCUUAUCCUUUGAAUGCGGGCACAUUUUUGCUUUAUCUCUUGUCUUUAACAGCUUAUUGCCAUGUUGCUCUAAGUGUGUGUGCCAAAAGACCUCAAUUCCUGUCUUAUUUCUAAUCUUGCCUGUCUGUGCAUACUUUGUAUAUCUUCUUGGAAUUUAAAUGUUGGUGCUUAGCAGGACUAUGGCAUUAAUCUGGUUUGCAGCAUGUUCGUUAUUAAAGGUUGAGAGUCUGAAAAUUUCAAUGAAGUUAUAUGUGCGAGAAAUAUUCUUUGUUUUCUUUGAGUAUGUAGACAUGCAUUGUAAAUAUUAUGACAUGUUAAUAAAAUCCUGAGUGGUACUAGUAGUCAA